ACGAAACUUACGGCGUGGAAAAGGAAAACGGAUACCAUGUUUUAUUAUGAGAGUUGUAGGCUUUUCUCUAUUUUUAUGUAUUUUGAGUAAAUAUUCCAACUGCCGACAAACAUAGGAUGGAAAACUACGUAGCUAACCUAAACGAGUAUGCACAGAAGCAGCGGCUGGUGCUGCAGUUUGAGGAGGUUGGAGCUGCUGGCCCUGACCACAUCAAAACAUUUACUAUUAGAGUUGUUCUGAAUGGUAAAGCCUAUCCUGACGGUGUUGGAAAGAACAAGAAGGAAGCCAAGCAGAACGCUGCUAAAAAUGCCUUGGCGGGCUUGUUGGAGGAAUCAGCUGAUACUACAGAAAAUGCUGCAGAAGUUUCUAAUACAUCAGUUCAUCAGAGAAGUGUCAGUAACGUCAAGUACACCUGCUGGCUCAAUGAGUAUGGUCAAAGGAACAGGGUGAUUGUAAGGCCCGUGGAGGCUACCAGACCUGGACCAAAUAAUGAUAAUCAAUGGUGUAACUUUUUUGUUGGUGACAAGGAGUACCCGGCAGCUUCCGGGAAAACAAGAAGGGAAGCUAAGGAGGAAGCAGCCAAGCUUGUAUAUCACGAUAUAUGUGGCACUUUAGAGACUGGAGAUGAGAAUGACAUUUUCACAUCAAGUCAGCAAAAGGAGGAAACGAAACAAAAUAUUCCAGAUGUCUGCGAUCAGAUGAAGAGUUUGACUGUGAGGGCUAAAGACAAGAAUUUUAUAGAGUCAAAUUUCAUAGGUCUUGUCAACCACUACUGUCAGAAAACAUCCCGCUCCCACACAUUUAUUGAAGAGAAAAUAUGUGGACCGCCUCAUAAUCGACAAUUUUUCUACAAAUUAGUAAUCAACAAAAAGGAAUACCCUGUGGGUGAAGGUAAGAGUGCCAAGGAAGCCAAACAAAAUGCAGCUCGGCUGGCCUGGGCUGCUCUUCAGGAACAGUCAGACUGGGACAGCAAGGUAAAUGCUAGGUCAGCAGAAGAUGGUGCCAAGUCCUUCACUUCACCAAGCACACUGGACUCUGGUCAUCCAAAAUCAACCAGCAUUGCAACAAGUAAAAGUGACUCAGUUGUUUUCGUCGAGUCAUCAAACCCUCCCAAGGAGCAGGUUCAAAGUCCUGAUGUAAAGCCCAAAAUAAGGAUUGCAGCAAAUUUCCCAAAUGCUCACAAACACAGCAAAGAGGAUAUAAUGCCCAAUUUCAAAGUGAAGAGCACAAAAAAUGGUCAGAAUCAGAAUACAUCAGCCCCAUCAUUAAGGUUUACAUCAGAAUACGACUCCAUAGAGCGUCUUGGUAAAGGAGCCUUUGGUCGUGUUUUCAAAGCAAAACAGAAACUAUUACAGAAGUAUUAUGCUAUAAAAAUUAUCCGCUGCAGAGAAAAAGCUCUACGAGAGGUGGUGACGUUGUCAGAACUCCAUCACUCCAAUAUUGUUCGAUACUACACAUGUUGGCUGGAGGAUUCGGAAUACCAGCCAGAAAGUACAGCUGAUAGUUGCAGUAGUUCACAUUCCUCCACUGAUUCCUCUGUAAAGUACCUCUAUAUUCAGAUGGAGCUGUGUGACACCAAAACACUUCGAGUGUGGAUUGAUGAGAAGAAUGUUCAAAAUGUUAAGAAGUCUCUGCGAGACUCCAAGAGAAGAGAAGAAAGCCUGAACAUUGCCCAGCAAAUAGUCACAGGAAUCGAAUACAUUCACUCCAGGAAGUUCAUCCACAGGGACUUGAAGCCUGCCAACAUCAUGUUUGGACGGGAAGGAGAAGUGAAGAUUGGAGACUUUGGUCUGGUCACUACUGAAAAAGAUGACAAUGCUGAGGAUCUGAUAGAGAGAACUGUGUACAAAGGAACCCCAUCUUACAUGGCUCCUGAGCAGAAGAGCAAGCGCUCAACACUUUAUGACCGAAAGGUGGACAUAUUUGCUUUUGGCCUGAUAUUUUUUGAACUCCUUUGGAAUAUCCCAGCUGGUGAAGAAAAGACCAGAAUUUGGGAAGAUGCAAGGAACCAGAAAUUUCCGCAUGGAUUUUCUACUCAUUUUCACCAAGAGAGCCAAAUUAUAAGGUCAAUGCUGAGCAUGAAACCAGAAGACCGACCAGAAGCAAGUAAACUUAAGAGUGAUGUGGAAGAGUGCAAACGCUUGUUUAUGCAGCUUAAAAAUAUGAAACGUCAGAGUAACACUGUCUAUGGAAGGGGAGAAGAGAUAAGGAUCCUGAGCUUUUCACGGUCUUCUUAUAGUUCUGCGCAACUUGCUGAGUCAUUAAUGAUGGAUACUGUAAACUACGUUGGUAAACUAAACGAAUACGCACAUAAAUGGCACUCUGGAGUGAGUUACGAAGAAGUUGGCUCUGACGGACCGCCACAUGAUAAAGUAUUCAACCUGAGGGCAGUCAUAGAUGGUAAAGCCUACCCCAGUGGUGAGGGGAAGACCAAGAAGGAAGCAAAGCAAAAUGCAGCAAAAAAGGCUCUGGAAAGCCUGUCUCAGCUUGGUCAUCAGGACUCAGUGGAAUCUAGAAACAAUGCAGCAGAAGCUUCAGUUCAGGUGGUUCUUAGCUCUAAGGACACCAGCUUUACAGAGACAAAUUUCAUAGGCCUUGUCAACCACUAUUGUCAGAAAACCAAACGCUCCCAUUCAUACGAUGAAGUGGGGAGAGACGGCCCCUCUCACAAACCUCUUUUUUUCUACAAAUUAAAAAUUGAUAACAAGGAAUAUCCUGUGGGUGAAGGGAAGAGCAUCAAGGAAGCCAAACAGAAUGCAGCAGAGUUAGCCUGGUCUGCUCUUCAGGAACAGUCAGACUGGGACAGCAAGGUGUCCAUCAGGUCAACAGCAUCUGAAGAUGGUGCUUCACUUGUAUCGUUGGCACAAUUAGUUAUACAGGAUAACAGUGAAUCAUCAUCACAAUACACUGCAAGUAACUCAUCAAACCCUUCUACGUCCCAGGCAUCCUUUAUAUCAUCUGAGUCUGAGACUAGCACAUCUGUCAGGGAGUCCAUUGAGUCCUCGUCACAGGGCCUGACUACAGAUAGAAGUGAAUCAAUAAUAUUCCAAAACUCAUCAAACCCAUCCACAGACCAGGAUGCUGACAACAAUGACAGCAUUGAAAACAAUACAAGGCAAACAUCAGUCCAAUCAAGAUUUCUGUCAGACUUCAACUCUAUAGAGCGUCUCGGCAAAGGAGGCUUUGGUCGUGUUUACAGAGCAAAGAACAUACUGCUGGAUCAGUAUCGUGCUGUAAAGAUUGUCCACAGCACUGAAAAAGCUCUGCGAGAGGUUACAGCACUGUCAGAACUCCAUCACAGAAACAUUGUUAGAUAUUACAGCUGCUGGAGAGAGGAUUGCAGAUAUGAAGAUGACAUGUCGACUUCUACUGACAGCUAUUACCAAUAUAGGAGUAAUUCACCUCCACAGUACCUCUAUAUUGAGAUGGAGUUAUGUGACUCCAAAACACUUAGAAAGUGGAUAGAAGAAAAGAACGAAAACACUCCGCCAGACUCACAGAGAAGACAAAAAAGUCUGAUCAUCGCCCAGGAAAUAGUCAGUGGAGUGGAAUACAUUCACUCCAAAGGCCUCAUCCACAGGGACCUUAAGCCUGAAAACAUCAUGUUUGGAAAAGACAAAGAGGUGAAGAUCGGGGACUUUGGUCUCGUCACCAGUGAAAAUGAUUCCAAUGAUGAAAACCUGAUGCAGAGAACAAAGAGGACAGGAACCAAGUCUUACAUGGCUCCCGAACAAAGCGGGACAAACUACGACCAGAAGGUGGAUGUAUUUGCUUUGGGGCUGAUAUUCUUUGAACUUUUUUGGAAGCUUUUCACAGUAAGGGAAAAAGUAGAGAUUUGGCAAGAUAUCAGAAGCCAGAAAUUCCCCAAAGAGUUCUCUGUGACCUUUCCCCAAGAGAUGAAAAUAAUUCAGUCAAUGCUGUGUGCAAAGCCAGAAGAGCGGCCUGAAGCAAAACAGCUGAAGGCAGAGCUGGAGAAGUUCACUCAGACAUCAAGUGUUAAGAAAAACAUGCAUCAGGAAAAUCGAACUGUCUGA